CACAAUGGGGACAGCCCGGCUCAGGGGGCUUAGCUGUUUGUUGCCAAGGUAACGCCUCCAUAGAGGCUCAGGUGUCAGUCUAUUGGUGCCAUGAGCUACAAGGCCAGGAAAUGUGGCAUACGGUUUGAAGCACCAGCCAUUGUCCUGGUAUAUGAGAAGACCGAAGGAAAGACUCGGCAACGCAUCAUGCCCAUCAGGAAUUUCUCUAAGUUCUCAGACUGCAGCCGAGCAGCAGAGCAGCUUAAAAACAAUCCACGGCACAAGCAGUACUUGGAACAGGUAUCACUGACGCAGCUGGAAAGGCUUUAUAAGUUACUUAGGGGGCAUUUAAAGGGGGAGAGCUUGGAGUCUAGCCUGGAUGGGAUUCGGAAGGAGGAAACUAUUGAUCCAGAUGAAGAUCUGAACAAACUGGAUGACAAGGAACUGAACAAAAGAAAGAGCUUAAUGGAUGAACUUUUUGAGAAAAACAGGAAAAAGAAAGAUGACCUGGACUUUGAGUAUAAUGUGGAAGUUGAUUUCAACCUGGACAAAGUAGUGGAGAGCUGUGGGUGGGAUGAUAACUCAGAAGGCGGUUUCUGACUACAACGUAAAAAUAUGGAUUGACACUACACUAUUGUUAGAUUGUAUGGAAACCCUUGGCGUUAUUGGAUUAU